GGACCAGACAGUAUAAAUUCCGAGCGGAGUAGAAUAACAUCGCUUAAUCAGAGGCCUCACUGAUGAUGUUACCUAGCAUGGUGACGAAACGUCUGAAUGAAAACAAGCCAGCUCGGCGAGCAAGUCAACAACCUCACCCACACCCAAACUACAAAUCUUUGCUAAAACUUGAAAUAGUUCUAUUCUGCUAUGGGGAGCUGUUGGCUUAGUGAUAAUUUUACCAGGCUCGUAAUCCAAAGACCCAUAUGAAGGCUUUGUUCAGGAAGAUGGAUUCAAAUCCCACAUCCCUGUGGUGGAAAUCAGAUUCAUGGAGUUUACAAACCAGAACCAUAUGCAAGCACUUCAAGAAUACAAACCAGAUGAAGUUACACAUCAAGACACUUCUGGAUUCGGAUAUCUACAACUUCAGCUGCCCCUGUUGUGGGCAGAGGUUGCUUUGGCAGGAGCUACGCAGACUGGAACUCUUCCCUGAGAGCGAUCAAAGACUCUUUGAGGAGAAGAUCUCUCAACUGACGGAGCAGGACACCAGAUAUUGCAAGAAGUGUCCGAGGUGCAAUCGCGUUGUGCAGCGGACGGACCCAGAGGAGCUUUUUGUGGAAUGCCCAGCAUGCCCAGGGAAUAUGGGAAAGCCCUACUGGUUCUGCUGGAACUGUCUGAGGAGAAGGAACAGACGGUUGGCUCAAGGAGAGGCCUGCAAGAACAACGACUGCAGCUUGGUGGCGCUGCUGCAGUCAUGCCCCACGAUCGACAACCCACUGCUGACCGUCCAUGGCUGCCCUACGGUCCGGGCAUGUCCCAACUGCAAAGUCUUGAUCUCCCACAUAGAGGGGUGCAAGUAUGUCAAUUGCGUGAGCUGUGGUCUCUCUUUCUGCUACCGGUGCUUGGAGAAACGCGUCACGUGCUAUAAUGCCAAACGCGAAUGGUACCACGUUGCUCAAUGCGUCAAACCCAUGGCACCCAGGCAGAUGUUUUCUGCCAAACGGUCAACACCAGCCAAGGCAACAUAGGCCAAACCGCUUCCAUCGCCGAUCCUCCAUCACAGCACUGUGUACAAUCUACAACACGCGCUACAGCGACUCACCCAGGUUCCUCUGACAGCACCUUCCAAAGCCACGACCACUGCCAUUCAGAAGGGCAAGGACAGUAGAUACAUGGGAACACCACCCACCUGCAAAUCCUCUUCCAGACCACUCGCUAUUGUGAUGUUUCAUGCCUUUAAGAGGUGCAUUCUAUCCUGUUUCUCCUGCAGAGGGGUUCUGUCACAACGAUGUUGGCUCCCAGUAAGCAGUUUGCAACUAGCCUUGGGUUUCUCUCUUCUAGGUAACACUCCCCUCCUUGAUGCAUUACAGAUCAAAGUUCAGACUCCAGCUCAUCAACUCUGAGCCACAGUUCCUCAAGCAACCGACACUUGCUACAGAUGUGGUCACAAUGAAACUACAGUGGGGUCCAGUAGCUCCCACAUGCUGCAGACACAACACAUCACCUGAUCCUGCACCUCUAUUUUGUUUGCUUUGUGUGACUCGAAGUGUUUUGUCCUGGUUUCUUUUAAGAGGGAGAUUGUGGUACGGGUGAGGAGUGGUCUAUGAGAAGAUAAACAACCUGUGAAGCCUUGGGGUGUUUUUUUUAAACUUGAAACAAUAGAAGCAGCCUGACUGGGUGUGGUCAAGUUCUCACUGUUCCAGGGAUUUUUAGUUUAGCUUUCAGUAGUUGUAGCUGGGGUCUCAGCAGGGUUGGACAGCAGUGAAUCUCUCCUGGCUGCUACACUCUCUCUCCCUCAGAACUGUCUUUUGAUAUUCUUUCCCAGGGUGUUUUUUUUCGUUAGAGUAAGACAAAAAAAAAAUCAAGAGUGUGUGACAUCAGGUUCACAUGGACCUAGGGGAUUUUGAUUUUAGUUAAUUUUUUUCUGGUAGUUCACUGCUGAGGCAGACAGCUAGAGUUCUCUCUGCAGCUACAUUGAAGACUUAGAGCGCUUUCCUCUUAGAAAUGAGAAGGAGCAGGUUGUUUCUUCUGGACUGGAGAGGGACAGGAGAUAGCAAGAACUGUAGAUGCUGCAGUCAGGUUCAAUACAAUGUGGAGCUGGAGGAACACAGCAUCAGAGGAGCAGGAAAGUCAACAUUUCAGGUUUACACCCAUCAGGACGUGAGAACCGUAACUGUUUUGCUGCUUUCCAUUCUUGCCAGAGGGUGUGUUUGUGAGAUGUUGCCUAUAUUGGGACAGUUGAUGACUAGUGGUUAGAUAAUACAUUAUCCUGUUGAUUAUAUCAAUAAAGUUGUAUUGAUUCUU